AUGGCAGCCGCUCGAGAGGGCUACAAGCGCGUGGUGCAGUACCUCGUCGAGGAUUGCGAUGCUGCCGUGGCACCCAAGAGCAAUGACGGCUUCACAGCGCUCACGUGGGCGGCUACUCGAGGCCACAUUGACAUCGUGCAGUGUCUUGCUGGACAUUUGGCUGCCGAUGAAGUGUACGCAGCGCUCACGUGGUCCGCUGCAUACGGUCGCAUUAACGUCAUACUGUGCCUUGCUGCUGGCGAAUGCGAUGCCAAGAACGAUCAAGGACAACGGCUUCUGGUGUGGGCCGCUCAAAAUGGACGUCUUGACAUCGUGUAUUGCCUUGUUGAGCGAUGUGGCGUCAACGUGAACGGAAGGAACAGUGACGGGAACACAGCGCUGAUCGAGGCCGUCUAUCACGACCACAAGGAUGUUGCACAGUUUCUAGCUAAGCAUUGUGGCGCUGACGUGGACGCUAAGAGCAACAGCGGCUACACAGCGCUCAUGUGGGCGGCUACAUACGGCUGGAUUGACGUUGUAAAGUGCCUUGCUGGAGAAUGCGGCGCUGACGUCGACAUCACCACUAAUGAGGGAGAUACCUUGCUGAUGGUGGCCGCCGGAAAGGGCCACGUUGGCAUCGUUCAAUACCUCGCAGAGAGCUGUAGCGUUGACGUGAACGUCAAGAACGAUGCAGGGCGAUCUGCACUGGUAGAGGCCGCAGAAUAUGACCGUGUUGACGUUGUACGGUACCUCGCAGGAUGUGGAAAACGUACAAGCAGUGAUUGUCUCGCGGCUCUGUUGGUGGCCGCUGGAAAAGGUCACAUUAAUGUCGUGCGGUACCUCACAGAGGAGUCCGGCACUGAUGUAAACGCUAGCGGCAAGGACGGAGCCAUUGCGCUGAUGGUGGCCGCUCGAAACGACCAAAUGACGCUCGUCCAAUAUCUCACCGGUGAAUACGACUC